GGAACGUUAAGUAAUUUGACAUUCUUUCCUAUACGUUCGUUUUUUAUGCUUUUCCAUGAUUAUUCUCUACCUAUCACUUAUGCAGGCUUGAUCUCAAUACAUUCGCUUUUUAUAUCAUCAUUGUAUGAAUAGUCAAACAAGUUUUGACUGUUGUCCAUUCCAUAGGCGCCUGACAAGAUUGACUAUUUUGCGAGUUGAUCUGGAGCAAUGCUUUGUCAUGGAUCGAUGUUUAUAUGGAUAUUCAUUCUAAAUAAAUGCUCUGGAGUCUUUGCCCGAGCAAACUUUCAACGCUUUCCAAAUUCUAGCAUAACUUCUACAUCUAUACAAGUUGACCAAUCUUCGAUUUCCCAUCCGUCGAGUGUACUAUUGGAGUUGUCGGCAGAACCUUCAUCGGUUCAUAGUGAGCUUGACGAAACUGCUUCUCCACUGCCGACGUUAAACAGUUCUACUACUUCUUGGGCCAGCGUCGGUACUACUAAAUAUGAAAGCUCUGCCAGUCUUCUUGCUGUCACUUCCACACCUCAGUGGCCUGAUAGCAUUAGUAGCGUGGCAUCUGACAUCGCUCCAGUCAGCAAUCAUACAUCUCAAAGGCAAAGCAGUAUCAUAAACGUGACUUCCACCUUCACAUCAACCAUCAAUUCCACCUCCCAGUCUCCAAGCUUUGUUACUUCAACAACUUUCGGACCAAACACAAACUUCGGUUAUCUGAUUGUCCCUACCAACUCGAGACAAUCAGUCAAUAUUGCAAACGCGACUACAUCCUCUUUCCAUCACCAAACAACUUCCAGUUUCGGGCACAGUCAAACGGGAACUGUCAACAAUACUACCAUCAAUACACCCGCUUCACCUCCUGAGACAGAUCCCGAGACGAAUUCGUGCAUUGUUCUCGACUCUCCUGACGACGAUUAUUAUGAAUUUAUUCUCGUACCCAACACAAAAACAAUUACUCUUUCUAGCAAUGCAACAUACAUUCCAGUACCAGAGUUUACUCUCCCAGUUUAUUGUCCACCGGGAACACUACCAACGUAUACCAUCCCAUCAUUUCCAUUUGGCAAUGGAACGGACCCGAAUCUGAUAGACACAAAUAAAACUAGCCCAGGGGAAUCGCUGUCGCCCUUGGCAUCUGCCAGCUUUUCACAGAUAAGAACGACAACCGUUGUCGUUACAAGUAAGAAUCCGCAGAUUUUUUUGGCCACUUAUACCCCACCACAUUUCCCAGGAGUUCCAGUAACAAAAGUCGGCAAACCAUCUACACCAACUUCUACGUCAACUUCUACACCGAAUCCUACAGUUAAAACGGCUAGUCCUGAAUCAAACAGUGCAGAGGAUUCCGAAGGAGAAUCUAACAAUAAUUUUGCAUCACCUACAAUUUCUACAACCACAAUGGUGGUUCUUGGAGUACCGAUUGUGUUGUCACCGAGCAAUGUUGUUAUAAAUGGACAUACGAUUCAAAGAGGGAAUUCUCCUUUAACUAUCAAGCAAAAGGGGCAUGUAUUUACUGUUAAUCCAUCUCAACUGAUAGGCCCAGGAACAACAUUCGCAUUACCAAGUUCACACGGAGCUAUCGAAUCCAACAAGCCAGCGGCAACUAGUAUCCAGUCACAAUCAAAUCCAACUCCUGCUUCUAGGGAAGUUAUUAUUGGGACAUCACCAACUUUGGCUACCAAUUCAAGAGGAGUGAAUAUCGAAAUAUUAGCCACUUCAACUGUGGUGGAUAAUAUUUCGGUAAAACUGGGACCUUCCAUUGCUGUUGUGAAUGGUCAGAGUUAUUCAAUAGGUUCGGAAGCUCCUCAAGUGGUGACUGUAAUAAACACCCAGACAAUCACGAUUGGUAUUGCCGGAGUCGGAUUUGCGCACACGACUCUGGCACCUUUACUUGUGGAACCCACGAACCAUCUGAUUAUUGGUGGCGAGCCCAUAAGCGUUGGGAGUUCAUUGGCAUAUAUUGGGUCUUCAAUAUUUACUUACGGAUCAGGAUUGCCCAUUCAAACUGAAGUAUUUAAUGGUCAAACAAUACUCAUCUACCCUACUGGAGUGGUAUUUGCGCAAACAACCUUAGGAGGCAACUCAAGAACAGGAAAUCAAAUUGGAAUAGUUGGCGGUCUCUCGGUUACGGAAGUAGGCUCAUCAAUCGCAAUUAUAUCUAGCAUUACGUUCACCAUUGGACCGGAUGCUACUCCCACCAAGACAGUGAUAAGUGGAGAAAGUAUAUCUGCAGAUCAGAAUGGCCUGGUGCUUGCUGGUACAAUUUUAACAAAUCCUCUCAUUCUAGCGACACAUCCUGUCACAAUGUCAGAUAUCACGUUCACGCAAAUUGGAUCAAGUCUAGCAGUCGUAGACGGAACGACCUUUACUUUUGGACCAGGCGCAUCGCCUACCAGUCAUACCUUCACUCAACAUACUAUAAAAGUUGGAAGUAAUGGCAUUGAGUUUGCAAAGACCACAUUCACAGGUGUCUCUGAAUUUUCCUUGACACAGGCUACGUCUAAAAGUACAAGUGAAGGAUCGACGUUCAUGACUACAGGCGAAGACUCGACACACAUGUCUACAUCUGUAGCGGCGACUUCCACAAAUCAAAAGAGUGAUGCUGGGAGAAGCAAGGCUCCACUCGGGAUAUAUGGAUGCAUCGCUCUUUAUCUCAUUAUAAUGAUGACAUGAUUGAAUUACGAAACACUGUUUCGAUAUGGAGUUUUAGGAGUUGUGAAACGGUCAAAUGGAAAUUGGAUGGGAUGGGAAGAUUGAUUCGAUUCUUGAAAAUGUACUUAUGUGAUACACGAAGACUUCUUAAUGAUACUAUAAUCACAAUGAUACCAACUUGAUCUUUCAUAUACCGCAAGAGAAUACUUAUCAUUCUUGUAUGUCA